CCACAAACAAUUAAGGUGCUAGUGGCACGUAUGCAACCAAAAUCAAGAUGCUUCGGGAACUGCUUAUACUGACGGCAAUUGCAGGCCUGUGCUGUGUGGAGGGAAGGUCUAUAAAGGAUCUUGGAGAGUGGAGGGCUCUAAACACACUUGGUGACAUCUGGAAAGAUUGCAGCAAGCCUGGUGAUCAUGGCAAGAUUCUCAACGCUUCCAUCGUUCCCGACCCUCCAGUCAGAGGCAAACCUGUCAACAUCUCCGCUUAUCUUUCUACAGACGAAGUGAUCUCGAGUGGAAAGGUAGAAAUCAAUCUGAUAUAUGGAGGAUUUCUCCCCUACACAAUGAGCUAUGACUUAUGUGACCUCACUAAGAAGAUCGACCAUGCCUGUCCACUAUCAAAGGGGGUGGUGCAUGUCUCCGUGCCAACCAAGAUACCUAAAGAGGCUCCUAAGGGAAAAUACGAGGGUCAUGUGAAAGCUACAGAUCAGAAUGGGCUGGAGCUAGCCUGCAUUGAGUUAAACGUCACCCUCGAGUAAAUAUUGUGACAAGAGACUAACAGAAACUUCACUCAAUUUUAUCAGUUUACAUUAAUUUGUGUGCAAAACUACUAUAUAUAGCUGCUAUUAUCAUAAUAACAGUAUCUCUAGUUUCACUUCACUUUAUUCUGAAAGAAUCAUUUACACACAGAAA